AGAAAAUAACCUUAUAUCUGUAUAUUUAAAUUUUUAAGAAAAUUUUAAAUCAUUUUGAAAUUGAAGAUUUCUAUGAUUUCUAUAAAAUGUUUAUGUUUCGAAAAUCUUUGAAGUACAUAAAAUUAUUAAAUGGAAUAAGAGGUAAUGAUAUAUAUUCUAAGAAAAAGUUUAGUGCAGUUCCUAAUUAUGAAAUAGACUUAAAAGUAAACGGAACGUCUUUGAAUAAUUAUAUUAAAAAAUUACAAACAGAAUAUGAAAUUUUAAAUAGAGAUGCCAUCAAUAAUAAAAGAAAAAUGGAAUUACAACCUAUAAUUCAAAUAUUAACUGAUCGCAAGGUAUUAGUAAGUAAUAUCUAUAAUUUAAAGGAGUUAUUAGAAGACACAGAUACGGAUAUAAAGAAAUUAGCUGAAGAAGAGAAAUUGAAUUUUGAAAAUCAUUUAAAAGAUUUAGAUGAUCAUUUAUUAAAAUCAUUAAUACCUAUUGAAAAAGAAGACCUUCAUAAUUCUAUUAUUCUUGAAGUUCAGGCUGGAGUUGGAGGCCAAGAAGCUAUGCUAUUUGCUAAAGAAAUGUUUGAUAUGUACUGUAAUUUUGUUGAAUAUAAAGGUUGGCAAUAUGAUAUGACAGAAUACGGAGACACCGACUUAGGUGGGAUUCGCUAUGCAUCAGCCUUAGUAACUGGUCCUUCAGUGUAUCGUUAUUUUAAACAUGAAGCAGGCGUCCAUCGAGUUCAAAGAACUCCUGCCACAGAAAAAGGAGGUAGAAUACAUACGAGUACUAUAUCAGUGAUAGCUUUACCCCAACCUUCUGAUAUUGAAGUCAAUAUUAAUCCCAACGAUUUAAAAAUAGAAACAAAAAGGUCAUCAGGAGCAGGUGGACAACAUGUUAAUAAAACUGAAAGUGCCGUUAGAAUUGUACAUCUUCCUACAGGAAUCGCUGUGGAAUGCCAAGUUGACAGAUCGCAGAUAAAAAACAGAAAAUUAGCUAUGGCCAAACUUAGUGCUAUACUUUACCAAAGGCAAGUGGAAGCACAAAGCAGUCAAAUUGAAGCAGCUAAAAAGAGCCAAGUAAAUACCAGAAACAGAAACGAAAAAAUUAGAACUUAUAAUUUUAAUCAAGAUAGGAUCACCGAUCAUAGGCUAGGCAUUAAUGUACACAAUUUAAAAGUAUUUUUAGAAGGUGGUGAGCCUUUAGAUAAUUUGAUACAGAAACUAGAUGAACAAUAUUCACUAUCUAAUUUGUUAAACUUGGUAGAAACGGAAUUAUAAAAAC